AUGUUUCCUGUCCCAGCACCUUCUAGAAGUGAACGGCUAUGUUCGAAUGACGUUCUCUCAUGGAAAUUUCCAAUAUCGAUUGGUCCAUAUACCUUACUAGGUCGUUCAAGAGCAGCUGAUGCGACGAGUUUCUAUAUUCCUGAAUUGGACAUGUUACUUGAUUGUGGUUGUUUAGUAACAGCAGCUCGACCACUUUACGUAUUUAUUACACAUGGACAUUUAGAUCAUUGCCUUGAUAUUACACGAUUAUUGAGUAAUCCUCGACCACCACAAGUUUUUCUUCCUAUAUCAGCUGUACAACCUAUGAAAGAUUUCAUUGAAAAAAGUCACAUUCUUCGAACAGCUGGUAGAAUAGAUAUAGAUCCGCAAAAACUGACACUCGAUUGUGAAUUAAUCGGUGUUGAACAUGAUGAUUUAUUGUCAUUUCGAAAAACAAUGAAAGUUCGUGUAUUUGAUAUGGAUCAUUCCGUGUCUUGUUGUGGUUAUGGUUUUUAUGAAUGUCGGAAAAAAUUAAAAAAAGAAUAUCAACAUUUGACCAGUCAAGACAUUGCCAACAUGCGACGAGUCGAUAAUAAUUUAGAACUUUCUGAAGAUAGAUUAUUUCCAUUAUUUGCUUUCAUGGGUGACACAACACCGAUUAUCUUUGAUAGACAUUCCGUUGAACUUCUCCAGUUUCCGUUGAUUAUUGUUGAAUGUUCAUUUAUUGAUAAUGAACAACAUGCAGAGCGAGCUUCUGAUAUUAAACAUGUUAUCUGGGAUGAUCUUCAACGAUUUGUCUUACAACAUCCAGAAAUUAUCUUUGUAUUAAUCCAUUUUUCGCAACAAUACAACAGUGAACAAAUAAGAGACUUUUUUCGACAGUUAAAUUUACCCAAUGUUGUACCAUUUAUAUAA